UAAAAAACGCGGGGGUUUUUUGAACGGCUUAUUAUCUGGGAAAAGAACAUUCCACGAGGGGGAAACAGGGCGAAAGCCCCGAGGAGGAGCAUACAGGGCGUGUUCCAAUCAUAUCUGGUCAGUGACCCUACCCUGACAACACCUUUAAUUCUGAAACCUACCCAUACCCCAUUGUUACUUCCUUGUAUGCUUUUUCUUUUUUCCAUAGAACUUUUCAAUGUAUCAUUUCACGUUUAUUUUUUAAUUAAAAACAAAAAGUAUAGUUGAUUUACAAUGUUGUGCCCAUUCCGUGUUGAUUAUGUUUGUCUUUUGUUUUUCACGAGGGCGGGCAUCUUCCCUCCUCUGGUUAGGCGAUGUAGCCAAGCUUCUAGAAAUGUGGCACACACUACAGGAGCUCGACAGGCUAUACAGUCCGGAGGUCCUGGGCUGGGGAGAGAGCGCAGCCAAGGGAAGGAGGAAGAGGCCCAGUCGCCUGGUACCUUGGGGAGCCCCUACGAAGGGCCUGCAAAGGAACCACUGUCCAAGGCGCCUGGCGCCCGGCCCCUGGCCCCUGGCUCCGGAUGCGCGUCGCGGCGCCUGCGCAGGCAGCGGCCCGGUCCGGGCGCUCGCUUUAUUGGCUGCGGCGGGAUCUUAGAAGAGGCUUUGCGCAUGCGCGCUCCUGCCGCACGGGCCUGAGUGGUGGGUGUCGCUCUCCAGCUUCAGCCGUCUCUGCCGCAGCCCCAUCUCUUCGUCCAGGGCGCUCCUUCGCAGAGCUGAGAAUGUUCUCGGAACUCAGUAACCUUCUCAACACCAGUCCUGACAAGGUGGAGCAGGGGAAACUGACUCUACUCUGUGAUGUCAAGACUGAUGGCAGUUUCCUUGUGCAUCACUUUCUCUCCUUCUACCUCAAAGCUCAUUGUAAAGUCUGCUUUGUGGCACUCACUCAGUCCUUCAGUCACUACAAUAUCGUGGGACAGAAGCUGGGGGUCAGUCUGACCAUAGCACGGGAACGCGGGCAGCUUGUGUUUCUUGAGGGCCUCAAGUCUGCCAUGGACAUCUUCUUCCGGCCUCAGGAGGAGCCACACCCGCUGCAGUUCCUCAGGGAGGCCAGUGCUGGGAACCUGCAGCCGCUGUAUGAGUUUGUGCAGGAUGCCCUGAAGCCCGUGGCCAAUGGGGAGGCGGCAUGGAGGUGCCCCGUGCUGCUGGUGGACGACCUCAGUGUGCUGCUGAGCCUGGGUGUCGGGGCAGUGGCGGUGCUGGACUUCAUCCACUACUGCAGAGCCACUGUGUGCUGGGAAUGGAAGGGAAACAUAGUGGCCCUUGUGCAUGACAGUGGAGACACUGAGGACGAGGAGAAUGACAUCCUGCUGAAUGGCCUUAGUCACCAGAGCCACCUGAUCCUUCGGGCUGAGGGUCUGGCCACCGGCUUCUGCAAGGAUGUGCAUGGGCAGCUGAGUGUCCUGUGGAGGAGACCCCUGCAGCCCACAUCCCAGCGGGAUCAGAGCCUCACUUACCAGUACAAGAUACAGGACAAGAACGUGUCCUUUUUUGCCAAAGGAAUGUCUCCUGCUGUCCUGUGACCUGAUUUAGGGGCAGCUGAAGUUACCUUGGGUUGUUUUUGGAUGCAAAGAUAAAGCAACUGAGCAGAAAUGGAUCUUUACACCUUUGCAGUGGACUGCCAGCACCACUGUGACCCAGGGAUGGUGGAACGGUGCUGUGAUGGUUUGCCUUUGUUCCUGUGGGCCCGGUAUAGAAAAUCCAUGAGGAAUCUGCAGUCCAGCCUCAGCUGAGAGAGAUGCUGCAUGUUGAACUGGGUGAAAGGGAUCCUUUGGUGCCUUCCUUAUAAAUACACUUCAGCCCCAACUGCCCGUUUUUGGUUGUUGUGCCUUUCAGAGUCAAGUGGAUAUGAAUGUG